AUGAGGGAAGCUAUUGAAGGGAUGAACGGCCAAAGCCUCGACAGUCAUAAUAUUAAUGUCAAUCAAGCGCAGAACAGAGGAAGCAGUGGUGGAGGUGCUUUAUGCAGUGGUGGUGGCGGCAGAUACGGUGGUGGUGGCGAUGGCAGUAGUGGUGGUGGGUACAACCGUGGUGGUGGUUGUGGAUAUAGUCAUAGUGGUGGUAGUGGAUACAAUCACUGUGGUGACCGUGGUGGUUAUGGAGACGGUGGAUCUCGUUACUUGGGGUGGCGGUUCCUCCGAUGGCAACUAGAGGAACUAGGGUUUGGUAGUGAUGUUUUAGGGUUUGAUGUCGUGUGA